CUUUUUUUUUUUUUUUUUUUUUUUGUUUUUCUUAUUCACGAGAACUUUGAAAAAUCUAAUUCGAUGCCUAAAAGAAACCGGUAAGGUGUAUGGUCAGAUGCGAAAUGUGUGUGUGUGUGUGUGUGUGUGUGUGUGUGUGUGUGUGUGUGUGUGCUUGCUGGAGAGAUCAGUGCUACGCAGUAGUACCAUUGCUGGAGAAGAGUAUUUCGACAGCUGCCCAUGAACGCAGAAGGGAAGACCGUGCUUUAAAUGGCUCCGAAGCCGUUUGUAGAUUGUCCAACGCAACAGUCAAUCACCUCGUGGUGUGUCCUUAGCAGGAGCUUUUCCCCAUAUAAUACCUAAAACCUGCGGUUCUUCCCUCCGUAUGACUAACUUAAGGGUUAACUAAUGGAAUUAACCUGCAUGAUUCUGAUAAUGGGUAUUGAACAAGGAUCCUAGCGCGGAGAAGAGCUAAUACUUCACUGAGUCAAUGAUUAUGCGGAAGAUAAA